UCUGGACAGGAGGGAGGGUCGGGGAGGAGUCGCACAUACACAAACACGCACUGCACCUCUCCCGGCACACUCAGACUGGGCUCUCCCAGGCACGGCCACUCACCCCGCCGGAUCUCUUUAUAUUGGGCAGGGAGGGGAGAAGAGAGACGUGCCCUCAUCACUGCCCAUGAAGAAACCCCCGCCGGAUCAUGGCGCCAUCGGGCCCUAGCAGCGUGAGGCGGCGGUGCAGGAGGUGCCUGUACUGGAUCCCCGUGCUCUUUAUCUCCAUCAUCGUGUGCUGGUCCUACUACGCCUGUGUCAUCCAGUUGUGUAUAGUGACCAUGGAGAACAUUGGUGAGAAAAUUUUGUGCCUGAUAGCCUAUCACUUCUUCCUCCUUCUCUUUGUGUGGUCCUACUGGAAGACCAUUUUUACAUUACCUAUGAAUCCCGCUAAAGAAUUUCAUCUGUCAUAUUCAGACAAAGAACUCCUGGAGAGGGAGCCAAGGGGGGAAUCCCAGCAAGAUGUUUUGAGAAGGAUGGCCAAGGACCUCCCUGUCUACACCAGGACAAUGUCAGGAGCCAUCAGAUACUGUGACAGAUGCCAGCUUGUGAAGCCUGACCGCUGUCAUCACUGCUCCGUCUGUGAUAAGUGUAUUCUGAAAAUGGACCAUCAUUGCCCUUGGGUGAAUAAUUGUGUCGGAUUCUCCAACUAUAAGUUUUUUCUGCUCUUCUUGGCGUAUUCUCUGCUCUACUGCCUUUUUAUCGUUGCCACAGAUUUACAGUACUUCAUAAAAUUUUGGACGAACGGCCUGCCCGACACACAGGCUAAAUUCCACAUCAUGUUUUUAUUUUUUGCUGCUGCCAUGUUCUCCGUGAGCCUCUCCUCUCUUUUUGGCUAUCAUUGUUGGCUUGUAUGCAAGAAUAGGUCUACAUUAGAGGCUUUCAGAGCUCCAGUAUUCAGGCAUGGAACAGAUAAGAAUGGCUUUAGUCUUGGCUUUAGCAAAAACCUACGCCAGGUAUUUGGGGAUGAACAGAAGUAUUGGUUGCUGCCUGUAUUUACAAGUCUGGGUGAUGGUUGCUCCUUCCCCACGUGUCUUGUCAACCAGGAUCCUGAGCAGGCAUCCACACCAACUGGUGCUAACACAGCAACAAAAAGUAUUGAAAACAAUCCUUUCCCAGCAAAACCACUGCGCGAAUCUCAGAGCCACCUUCUUACAGAUUCCCAGUCGUGGAAUGAGAAUAAUGGCAACAGUGAAAAAGGAAAACUUGGUAUGAGCAACCCAGGAUUAACAAUUGAAAAUGAAACUUAGAUCUUCAGAAAAGCUGGAGACGGUGUACAAAGUCUGAGAGCAAGCUGUUCAUGUCGGCAAGAAGUCACGCUCCCAUUGGCUAGCUUUACAUUCGUGAUAAGGUGGAUGUGAUCACAGCAAAUGAUAACAGCACCUGAAUGGCUCGCUCCAUCCCCCCCGCUUCAAACAUGGCAACAGCUUCCUGGCACUCUGCUAUUAUACUAACAGGGAAAUGGGAAGAAGCAAAAGAAAAAUUAAAAACACAAACUCCAUAGUGGAAGUGUGGGCUAAUGAGGAAGCAGUCGUUGUAGUACUUACUUGGAAGUCGUACCUGUGUUGUAUGCAAUGUAAGACUGUAUUCUGACUGUGUUUAUGAUACUAUAGCACAAACCACUUCAAUGUGAUUCCUGAUUCCUCCAAUGUGAGGCCAAAUCCUUCUAUUUCUUCAAUCUAACGGCAGUGUAUUUUGUACUGUGGGAGUAACAGUAUAUCCUAUUUAAUGGGGCCAAAAUAAAUAUCAUUGAUGGUCAUACACUUCAUUAAAUAACAGAAAAUAAAUGGAAUAAAUCAA